UCCAAGCCUGGAAUUCAAAAAUAAUCUCCUGCUUUGAGGCCACUGGGAGCAACAUCCGAGGGGUUGGGGAGUAACAUGUUACUCACGAGCUACUGGUUGGGGAUCACUGCUCUAGUGGUACUUAUGCUGUCUAUUGGACUGCAAAGAGAUCAAAUUAGUAGCUGGUAGGAUGUUUACAUUAAAUUCAGAAGACCAUGCUUCUGCUUGUAAAUCCCCGUGAGCCGUACAUUUUAAGUACAGUUUAUUUAAUUUAACUAGAGAAUAUUUACAUAUCUUUUUAGCAGAGCCUCCACACUGGCUAGAACAUGUAGACUUUUCUAACAGCAAAAACUCUUUCAUAUAAUAAUGGACAGUGUCUACAAUUAAAAAAAAAUGCAAUGUUCAGCUUUUUUUUCUUAUCUCCCCAUUGGUGUAACCAAAAGGCUGAACAUUGUGGCACAUUCUAACCCCAGGAAGGAAUAAUUAACUGUCAGUGCCAGUAAGUAUCUGUGUCCCAUCCGUUUCAUUCUGGGUAGAACUGCAUCUGCUGCUAUUGGAGCUCACACCAGAGAGAGAAGUGAAGACAUUUCUGCAAGAAGGUGUGAGAUUUGGGGGGUAAAUUAAACAUUCCAGGAAAGGGGGCCGCCUCAAUAAACUGGUCUGAGCUGCUUUCCAGCUAUAAAGAUAUGAAGAGACUAAACAAGAAAAUACAUGUAAUUAUACCCAACACCCUGACACACACCACCAUUAUGUCCAUGGCCGGGAACAUGAGUCUGAGUCUGGAUUUAAAUGCAACAUCAUUCAAGCAGAGAAAACGUCUCGACAGCCGCAUACAUGAGGUGAACAGAGUGAAGAACCGAUUUCCCUAUAAGAUUCCGGUAAUAGUUGAAAGAAGCCCGCGGGAGAAGCGGUUGCCUCGGCUCGAGAAAAUCAAAUUUCUGGUGCCCCCUGAAAUCACGAUGGGGCAGUUUGUCAAUACGAUCAGGUGCAAACUCCCACUGCCUCCCUCCCAUUCCUUGUGUGUUGUGGUCGGCGGGCGCGAGCUAGCGAGUUUGGCAAUGACCAUGUGCCAAGUGUACUCGGAGAACCGCGACCAGGAUGGAUUUCUCUACUUAUCGUAUAUGUCACAGGAUGUGUUUGGAUGAAGCCAAUCCCAAGCUGGGCAUUUAAUAAAGGAGGUCAACAUGGCCGCCGGCAUUUAAAGAUUCCAUCCGGGUCUACAGAAUGUGGAAUGAAGGCCACAAAGUGAUGCUUUUGAGAACUCUGUCAGAUCAGGGGUCCCGUCAACACCCUGAAGAGUGAGUAACAAGACGGAGAGACAUUUUAAAUCUAUUAACCACAAUCCACGUCAAGAUCAGGAGGCUGCACAAAUGUGCACUAGAAAAAGACACUGCAGUAAACAUCAGCAUUCUUGAUUAGGCAAUGUUUUAGCAUAUUCUAAUAAAAUGACUGUAUGUAUA